AUGACUGCUCCUAAGGGACUAAAUCGCUAUUUCAAGCCCGCACCUAAAGACGACCCCAUACCAGAACCUCCCAAACGCGCUCCGUCACCACCUCACGACUAUAUACUAGCCGACAAUGGGUCGAUCGCGUUCCUCGUCAUGUUCAGAAGCCGUUUCAGCGACGCGUUUCCCAAGUCCUUACCACAUUAUGGCCCCCAAGAUAUUGAAAGAGGGGUUCAGGGUGAGCUACCGGACGAGCACGCUGAAAGACUCCUUUGCGCGUUGUUGGGAUUGGUACUGAACCGAAAAAAGGAUGUUGAGUUUGUGGCCCCCACCAAUACUUCCCAGCUGCGCGAAACAGUCGUUAACUUUUCUAUGUCAGACGCGGUCACCAUGGACGAGCACUCGAGGAUGCCAUCUCUUCAAACCAGCACCAGUGGCUGGCUGCGUGGCAAGGAACAAAUCCCAUACACGGUGUUGAAUCUACUCAAAGCCCUCGCCCUCUGGUCGUUGAAUCAGUCAGAAGUGGUGCAGGCUAUAAUCAAAGAAUCCUACAAGCAACCCCGCCGCGACGAUGACCGGAACCAACCUCGAAGCGUGCAGCCAUGGUUUUCAGACCAAUACCGUCGCAAAUACUGGCUUAUUGAGGGACUUGAGGACUCGCACUUCAGAAUAUACCGGGAGAAUGAUGGGAAGACAUCGAAAUCCAAUACCUGGUUCAGCAUUGCAGGCUCAAUACCUGAAGUAGUUGCGCUGGCGGACAAAUUUGGCGAGGAGCAUACUCAGACGUCCAAGGUCAUCAGCGACAAGCUGCGGUCAGCAAUUCCCAGGUUUGAAGCUGGAGAUGAGAAACGAAAGCGUCGCGACUACCGCCUAGCACGAAAGGCCGCCUUUUCACGACCCGAACCCGGAUUCUCACUCUACGAGGGGCGAACACGAGGCAAGAGAAUGAAAUACACGUUUUCGGAUGAGGAAGAUGGCUCGGACGAGAUGUCUAGCAGACGAUCAGCCAGAGACUCAGGAUUCUCUACACCGUUUGAAGCCGGCCCGACAGUCACCGCAAGUGGGAGACAAGUCAAGUCCAGACUGGGCGGUAUGUACGGCGAGAGCAUGUUGAUUGAUCAGCGCAAAGAGCUGGAGAAGAUUACAGGCGAGGGACACAUGACAGAAACAAGCGAAGACAUGCCGACAACAGCACCGACCGGAAGAGGGCACCGUCUGUCAAGGUCUGGCAGACCCGUCCGCCCCGCGCGAGAGCGCUUCAAUGAUGGAGCCGGGUCCGACAGCGACGAAGAUCAAUCCUCUGGCAAGGAAUGGAGCGGGAACGAGAACGAGCCAGACGAGUCGGAACCCGACUUUGACGGCGAGGACGAAGACGAAGAUGACGCGAUGAGCGAUGAGGGCUUGGACGCGGACGACAUCAUUGGCGGUGACGACGACAACACGCAGGAGUCCCUAGUCGUGCAGCUUAGGUAUCGCAAAGGCAAGGAGACGACUUCUUCCCCGGCAGGAAAACGACCAAUAACCCCGCAAGCAACCAACGGCACUCUCAAUUCGAUCAACAACGCGGCAUACAGACCCCUCGCCGCCAAAUCGACCCUACCUAUCCCUCAAUCCAGUCCACCCAUGGCAGAUACCAUCAACGUGACGCGUCGAGUCAGCUCGAAUGACCUCCAAGGGGCACAAUUGACAUCCGAGCAGAUCAAUGCACACAUCAACGCGAAUGGAAAUGGAGGCGGGAACCCCAAGGGCAGUGAAGUGGAGACUCGAAACGGCAUUCCAAGCCCGCAUCCAGGGGUCCAGCAGAUGGUCUCGACCGUCCAAGUCCCGCUGCAGGCGAUGGAUGUGUCGUGA